GCCAGCGCAGUGCAUUGUGGGUAAAACGUCAGUCCGCCGCCAUCUAUCUCUCCGUGCCGGCUGAAGGAGAGAUUCGGGAGUCAUGAAAGGAAUCCGGUCCCUCAACCAUUUCUCUAAACGCUGCUAUGCUGCUGCCAGGAGAAGUCAAACUCUGAUUGAACCCCUCACAGACCUGAAACCCUCCAAAGCUGCAUCUCUCCCUCCACAAAAUGUCCAAGUGUCAAAACUCCCGAACGGUCUUGUGAUCGCGUCACUGGAAACCUUUUCACCCUUGUCAAGUAUUGGUGUGUUUGUGAAAGCUGGAAGUCGCUAUGAGACGGUGGAAAACCAGGGUGUCUCUCAUGUGUUACGACUGGCAUCAAAUCUGACAACAAAAGGGUCAUCUUCCUUCAAGCUCUGUCGCAGCGUGGAGGCUAUGGGAGGAAGCCUGAGUGUGACGGCAUCAAGAGAGACCAUGGCCUACACCGCAGACUGUAUGAGAGACGACAUUGAUUCAUUGUUGGAGUUUUUGGUCAAUGUGACAACGGCUCAGGAGUUCCGGCCUUGGGAGGUAGAUGACCUAACACCCAGGGUGAAGAUUGACAAAGCUCUGGCUCACCAGUGUCCGCAGAUAGGUGUUAUUGAGAAGUUGCAUGAAGCAGCAUACAAGAACGCUCUGUCCAACUCUCUAUACUGCCCUGACUUCAUGCUCGGUCGGGUCUCAUCUGAACAGUUGCAGUCGUUUGUUGAGGACAAUUUCACCACUAGCAAAAUGGCUCUGGUAGGACUAGGUGUUAAGCACUCUGUCCUGAGGCAAGUGGGUGAGGGGCUCCUGAGUGUGCGCAGCGGGGCCGGAGCGCCUGUGGCUAAAGCUGUGUACCGCGGAGGUGAGCUACGAGUGCAGAACAACGACGAGCUGGUCCACUCGUUGAUUGUCAGCGAGGGUGGUGUGACCGGUAGUGCUGAGGCUAAUGCCUUCAGUGUGCUGCAAAGGAUCCUGGGAGCUGGGCCACACGUGAAGAGGGGCUCCAGCAUCGGCAGCAAACUGAACCAUGGGAUCGCCAAAGCAACCACCCAGCCAUUUGAUGCUACGGCCUUCAAUGCCUCGUACUCGGACUCUGGCCUGUUUGGCGUCUACACCAUUGCACAAGCUGAUGCUGCAGGAGAGGUUAUCAAAGCCGCCAUUGCUCAAGUGAACGGUGUGGCAGAGGGCAACGUGUCGGAAGCGGACAUCACCAGAGCAAAGAACCAGGUGAAAGCAGAGUACCUGAUGUUGGUAGAGAGCUCUGAGGGCCUGAUCGAGGAGAUUGGGGCUCAGGUUCUGAACACUGCAGCCUACCAGUCUCCUGACGCUGUCCUGCAGGUUAUAGACGCUGUCACAAAGGAUGAUGUGGUCAAGGCUGCCAAAAAAUUUGGGGACAGCAAGAAGACCAUGGCAGCCAUUGGACACCUUGUUAAUACUCCUUUUGUGGAUGAAGUAUGAAAAUAAAGAACAAGACAGCUGAUUUUAACUCUGACUCUCUGUUCCGGACUGAGUUAAAAAGGAAAGAAAGAAACUCUAAAUUCACAUUCUCGCUCAGCAAAUCAUUUGAUGUGACAGUCAUGUUCAUGUCCUGCAGUUUGUGUGAGAACAUACAGGAAGCUGCAGAAGUGGAAUGCUGUUUGUCUCUUGAGGUUCAAUGUCAGUUAACUGUAUAUCUAUGUAAAUUAAAGUAAAUGCAGUUCUCAGACUGAACUAUUAUAUUCCAGUGUGAAUGUGAUCUGAUGGCUAAUAAACACGUGCUGCAUUUACCAGCUGCCUGCACACCAACUCAAGGAGCACUGGCUUGUUUGACAAGAACACUCUGCAAACAUUUAUUUUUUUCUCUGACAUUUUUAGCACAAAGCGGUACCGUUGCAUCCGUUAACCAGCAGAAGGACCCUUAGGCAAAUGUAUUCACUUACAUGUAAAUGUUUUAAGACUGGGAAUAGUGUUAAAUCCAUUUUUUUUUUCAGUCCAGUUUUUGUGAGGCCCAAUCAAGAUGUAUUAUUUCAGAAGUAGCUGUAAUCUGCACCAUGUACAUAAAGAAUCAGAAUAAAAAGUCAAGUUUCA